AGGAAAUGGAGGCCGGAGUGCUGCGUAAAUCAUUCUGGUGGACACCUGGCAAAUGCGCUUGUAGUAUCUGGAACGAUAUGUGCGUCACAAGCGGACUCGAAAACGCCACAUUGGUAGCAUGCACAUGAUGGGAUCGGACGCGGCUUUAGCCUCUCAGACCUUACUUAUUACGCGCAUACCUGAAUCCUGGACCCGAAUAUCUCAUCAGCU